AUGAGGGCCUCCGUCUGGUCCAUCAUCUACAUCGUCGCCGGUCUUGUCCUUCGUGCAGGUCUGUUACUGUGGGGUCAGCAUCAGGAUGCUACCCACACCUUGCCAUACACCGAUGUCGACUACUUGGUCUUUUCCGACGCUGCCAAGCUCCUCGUCGACGCAUGUCCCCUGUCGCUCACCGUCGAGCAGCCCGAUUACGAAUCCGACGACGAUCUCCUCGACCGCAACGAUGUACACUGCGCUACAGGCAUCCUCCCCGCCACUGCGCGCUUCCUUCUUUUGAACGACCCUAACACCCACACGCCAACUGAUGGUCUUAAACCAGACGACUCGGACUUCAUGUACUUCUGGGCAAAGCGGUGCUACCAGCUCGCCAAAUCCGCUUUCGAUCUGCUCGCUUCCCUUGGUGAUCCUUAUGCUAGGCCGACAUACAGGUACACACCGUUUCUAGCUGCAAUCCUGUCACCCAUUCAAUUGUUUGGCUGGACCAACUUUGGAAAAUAUAUCUUCGCUACGUCGGAUCUACUCUGCGCUGUCUUCAUGUGGCUCAUCCUCGAUGGACGCCGCCCACAAGGUUCUCCCGCUGGCAUCUAUGUCCACCUUCCCGGCCUGCUGUGGAUUCUCAACCCCAUGGUCGCCCAGAUCUCGACUCGUGGCUCGUCAGAAGCUCUCGUGGGGCUUCUCGUUCUUUCCUUCCUCUAUUUCUUCCUCAAAGCCAACCCAGAAGCGCCCCUUGGUUUGCGUGCAAAGCAUCUGCCUCCUUUCUCUGCCCUGCCCGCUACCAACAGUGUCGACAAAUCAGAAGCCAACGAUCCUGUCGCGGCGGAUCAGAUCCAAGAAGAAGGGCCUACGUAUGAAGCGCUACCCCCAGAGAGCGCCUUCAAUGCGCUCGAUUGGUCGCUUCAAGCUUACAUGGCUCCUGUUCUGCUCGGCCUGGCAACACACCUGAAGCUCUUCCCCGUCAUCUACGCAGUGCCUGUCCUCUCCCACCUGCAUCGGUCUACCGUCUCAGCCUAUUCUCCUGAUCGACGCGCCACGCUCAGUCUCUGGACAAAGCACGCAGCUGGUUUGCAAUUCGGCUUUGUUGCCUUCUACGCUUUCAUGGCCGCCAACAUUGUGGCCUGGUUGUUAUGGGGCUCAACGUUCAUCGAGCAUACGUUCCUCUAUCACCUCCACCGCACCGAUCACCGCCACAACUUUAGCCCUUACUACCUCGGCACCUACCUCUCGCUCUUCACCUCGCACGAUUCGGCCGCAUCGCUGGAAGCGCGCAUCCUCGCCUCGCCGCUGCUCUCGUUCCUUCCGCAGCUGCUCGUUGUCAUCGCGCUCGGCUACCACCUGGGCAAGCGCGACGUUGUCGCCGCCAUGACCGCCCAGACCAUCGCCUUUGUCGCCUUCAACAAGGUUUGCACCAGCCAGUAUUUUCUCUGGUUCCUUUGGCUGCUUCCGCUUGUCUGGCCCAGUCUUAAGGUGGGCAAGGUCGAGACAGGUGUGGCAUUGACAGCAUGGGUCGGCGCACAGGCGUUGUGGCUGUCUCAGGCAUAUCAGCUCGAGUUUGAGGCGAAGCAGGUCUUUGCUAGGGUGUGGGCGUCGGGGCUUGCGCUCGUCGUCGUGCAUGCGGCACUAUUGGUCUGGUUUUUGUCGUCGUGGGCGAGGUACAGGGUGGAUGUCCAGAAGCACGGGCUGAAGGCUCAAAUGCGAACAUUUGGGAAGACGACAAAGACGCAGUGA